AGCGCGUGUGGCACGUGCUCCAGCUCAGGUUAUGUUGAUUGCUGUGAGCGCGCAGCUUGGGCUUUGUGCUUCUCGUCUGUUGUUCACGGUCCCGUUCUCUUUACGAUUUACGAAAUGCCCUACCUUGAUGAUCAAUCCUCUAGUUUGUACGCUAGAGACGUCGGCACACAACUCGCUCCGAACGCUACUCAGAGGACAACUUUAAUCGUUGCAGGCUGCUAUGUUAUAAUCAUCGCUAUUCUCUGGCAUGUCCCGGUUUUGAGUUGGAUUAUAUACCCUUUCAAACUGCUUACCGUGGGCUUCCAUGAGAUGAGCCAUGCAAUUACUGGUAUCUUGACUUGUGCUACUAUCCAUUCCGUCGAGCUCGAUCCCGACGAAGGCGGCGAGACCCGUAUGUCGGGCGGUAUACCAUGGAUUACCCUUCCUGCCGGAUACCUCGGGUCCUCACUCAUCGGCGCUUGUCUUAUUGCAUGCGGAUUUGAUACCAAUGCGAGCAAAAUAGCUUGUCUUGUGCUUGGUGUAUUUUUCCUCUUCACGUUAUGGUGGGCGCGCAGGAAUUGGCUGACAUGGGUACUCAUUCUUGGAAUGGCCGGCUUGGUCGUGCUAUUCUGGCUAGUGGCGGACAGUGUGGCAUUGCGUUUCUUUGUCUUGUUCAUUGGCGUAAUGUCGGAUUUGUAUGUGCUGUGGGACGUGAUAGACGAUACCAUCGCGCGGAAAGUCAAUAGCUCCGAUGCAUCCGCAUUCGCUCGGAUUUGUGGCUGUUUCCCAUCUCAAGUGUGGGGUGUCAUUUGGCUUGUAAUAGCCUUUAUGUUCUUUGCCGCUGGCAUCAUUGUGGGGCUAGUUGCAUUCAAGGAGUCUUCAUCAGAACAGGCAUCGGAAGCUGCACAAUUCCUUCCCGCUCCAGGAUCGAGUGGUGCUAUGGCAUCUGCACCAUUACCGGGUGUCCUUGUGACGAUUGUUGCAGCCCUCUCUUGGAAGCUGUUAUCGUGGCUCUGAAAAUCACAGCCAGUGCUUGGAUUUGCGGAUUCCAGAUAUCAGAAACACUGUUGUAGCUUUUGCCGUUGGUUUUAGACGCAGAAUGCAGAAUUUUUGUAUUCCAGCGACCUGUUAAUACUGUCAUGAUCCGCUUUCUUGAUCCGAAUACGAUUUUGAUAACUUGCCUUUUCUGCUUUCCUGCACUGUAUAUACAUAGUUCCACAUUAUCAGAGUUCCCACUGAUAUGAUGCAGAGAUUGUGUUAUUUUCA